GUGGAGGAUGUCACUUUUGUCAUUCUUUGAUUUCUCUGGCUUUGCGCUGCCCCGUUCUCCCCAUUUUUGGGCUAAGUGAGUGUUAUUCGAUUCAGCGCAGUAGCCCCAAAAGUUUGAAGACUAGAAAAAUCAAAACAUGGAGGGUGCUGGUGGUGCGUACGGUGGUGGAAAAGCCGGGGGAUCGUUUGAUCCCCUUUCGUUUAUGCAAAGACCCCAAGUAAUACUUCGCGCAGUUUGUUGGCUAUUUUCCAUUAUAGUAUUCGGCUGCAUUUCAUCACAAGGAUGGCGACUCGAUAAAACGAAAAGACACACUUGUCUUUACAAUGACGAUCCGAACGCUUGCAACUAUGGCGUCGGAAUAAGUGUUAUAGCAUUUUUAGCCAGCAUGGGAUUCCUUGUUGGCGAAUAUCUCUUCGAACAAAUGUCAUCUGUCAAAACUAGAAAACAUUUCGUAUUGGCUGAUCUAGGAUUCUCAGCCUUCUGGUCUUUCCUUUAUUUCGUUGGAUUUUGGUAUUUGACCAGCCAAUGGGGAAAAUCAGAUCGACCUCCAAAUGGAGUUGGAGUCAAUAACGUUCAGGCUGCCAUUGCUUUCUCUUUCUUUUCUAUAUUUUCCUGGGCUGGAUCCGCAGUCUUUGCAUACCAACGUUUCCGACAAGGAACCGCCGCGGCAUUCGCUACAAAUUACGAGAACGAGUCCACUAUGCCGGCAUCGUACCCCUCCUAUCCGGGAGGACCGGAAUCGGAUCAACCGUAUCAAGAACCACCUUUUUCAGCCGGUCCUGGACAGAGAGGUCCUACCGAUUUCCAGGCACCGGCAUAUUAAAAAUUGAAAAAUAUCCGUUUAUUUUUCUAAGUGGUCGACUUCAAAUGCUACCUUUCAUUGUGAAGAAAUCCAGUUAUCGAUUAUGUUACCUGCUAAAAAGGUUACCGUCAUUAUUGUACUUAGGAAUAUGAAAAUAGAACACACAAGUAUUAAUAUACCUCAAUUCUUGAUUGAUUUCUUGUCUAAAGGAACCAGUAGACAGACGUUCUAAGAUUAUUGAGCAAUGGAACGAUUUCGUUCAUACGUAUAACUGUCUUUUUAGCUCAAUAUAUCGAAUAUAUUGAUAAGAGUAUAGAGGUUUGUUCCAACACGUGCGAAAACCGUAAUAUUACGGUUUUCGCGCAUGUUGGAACAUACCUUAAGUUUCACACAAACUAACAGAUUAGAUUUACAAGUAUUAAUCAGUUUUUAUUGGGUUAAAAAGUAAGUUAUACUCAUUUAUAUUUUUAGAAUUAAAAAUUUUUAUUUACAGUAUCUUCUGAUUAUUUUUAAGGUGUCGAUGUCGUAAAAAAAUUUUGACGAGACUUUAUAGUCACUUAAUUCACUUAUUAUUGAUUUAGAGUACUAGGAUUAUGAGGUGUGGCUAAAAAAAAUUGGAUUAGUGCUGUACAAUCUUUUUUGAUAUUUGUUAGUCUCGAAAGUUUUUUUUAUAUCUAUUUUACGAAGUCUAGCUUUUCUAAUUGCCAUAGGAUUUAUAUCUGGUAAGUUUCGUAGCCGUUUAAGGUAUAAAAUCGUUUUGACAUUGGAAAUAUUUCAUCAUGACUGUCGACACAUGAUAUGGAGUCGAAUUUUGUUGAAUAAAUGCGUUCCAAACGCAUAGGAUUUUUGACGUUUUUUUAUAAAAUUUCGUAUUAGGAUUUUCUUAUUUUUUUCUUUUUUUUUUUAGUAUUUUUCCUCUUUUUUAUAUGUAUUAGCUAUUUUUCAUUUUUUUUUCUUUUUUUUUACAAUUUUUCCUUAAUUUUUGUUUUCCUUUUCUUUUUUUAUACAUUAUGUCCUCCAAGUAAAAAACAAGUAAAAAAAUUAAGAGACCUUGUAAAGUAAUUAUUAUUGAUAAACAUGUGAGAAAAAUGAUAUUAAAAUUUGUCAAAAAGAUAAAAUUUAGCUAUGAAAAUUUAAUAAUUUUCUAAUCCGAUCCAGUAUCUAACAAUGCUUUAAACGUAUUCUCACCUAAAAAUCAUUAAAACAAAAAGCUUCAAGUGUUACAGCAUUAAUACUAUAAUGCAUUUAUCAAGGUUAAUAUACAAAGACCUUAAUAAUAGUCAGCUAUUUUUGUUGAAUCUAAAUCUCGAGAAUAUUUUAAAAUCAAUUUGAUGAGACAUAAUUUAUGGAAUUAAUAAUCUGAUUAGAACCCGAGAAGAGGAAACAAAAUUCUCUUAAAUAAUAUAUUGCUCUUCACAUGUAACGAAUUGUAAUCGACAGUUAUCUGCAGAAUAAUCAGUCUGGUGUUUUUUUUAUAGCCACAUCUCGUACUAUGUUUUCCUGAUAUUGUGAUUUUUGCUGAGAGGCUACAUUUAUACGUUUUACUUGUAAAAUAAUAUACAAAGCCAUUGAAGUAUGUUAUAUAUAAAUAUAUAAAUAAAUGUUAAAUAAUUAUUUUAGUAACAGUUCAAUGUACAGUUGAUAUUUACCUGUAUAUGUGUGUGUCGAGAUAACAAGCUUUUGUAGGAUGUUUUUUUAUAAGUUGAUGUCAAGUGAAUGUCACUAUUUCUCGAAUUAUACAAAUUCGACUCACGGUGUUUUUUAGUUGAGCUUAGGCUUAGGUGUUAGAAUGUUAUUAUUCUCUUUUUGUUUCGUUUUUCAUUACCAUAAUGAACGUUUUUUGGAAGGAUAUAUCCGAUUCUAUUUUGUGACACUUAUAUGUAUAGUUUAAUACACAAGGAAGACCAUCAUAAAUCAAAUUUAAAUAUUUAUCAGCGGUAGUGCAAGUUUUAAUAAAUUGGCAUAGCUAAGCAGAGGGUUAGGAACAAUUUAAGAUGGUAUACAAUUAUACUUACCUUUUCCCUACGAAAUAGAUCACACAAAAUAUUUUACAGCAUCUGUCUAUACUUUGAAAAAAAACUUUCUCCAAAUAAUAGAUUCUAAUAUUGGCCAGUAAUCGGCACAGUUAUUAACUUAUCAAAAACCUUCCGGCUGUCGUUGAAAGAGAAAACCAGCACCUAGCUCAUCAUUAAAGUCUUGCAAGUUAUUAAACUCAUCAAAACCCUUCUGGUAGUCGCUGGGACGUGUUUAGGGAUUACCAGCCUUUCGAGUCUUCUAAAAUACUAUAAAUCUUUUGAUUUAAUUUCAUUUGCGGUGCAAUUUAGAAUGGUAUACAAUUAUUCUAACCCUUUUCCUACGAAAUAGAUCACACAAAAUGUUUUACGGCACGUGUAUAUACUUUGAAAGAUUUGACAGGAAAAGAACUUUCUCCUAUUCACAGAUUCUAAUAUUGGCGAGUAAUCGGCACACUUAUUAACUUAUCAAAAACAUUCUGGUUGUCGUUGAGAGGUCUCUAAAGAUUACCAGCUUCCUAGCUCAUCAUCAAAGUUCUGCAGAUUAUUAACUCAUUAAAAACCAGCUGAUUGCCGCCGAGACAUGUUUAGAGAUGACCAUCCUUUUGAGUAAAGGUUAAUAACGUCUUAGAGAUGUUCCAUUUUUGAAAAUAGCCAUUUGGUAGACUUCUACCACCUCAGGUGAAGCCAUUCUAUCCGCCUGUUCCACACAUCAACUUCCAUCAAGCUUUACUCUAUUCUAACUAGUAGUACGAUUGAAAAACUCAUCGAUGGCGCAGUGGAAGGGUGCUGAGCCCAUAACCUUUUGAAUUAAACGCAAUUUGUGAAUUUAACUUUAAUUCCAGGAUGAUUAAGGUCCAUUUGCAACACUGGUCGUUAAGAAAUAAGCUGAGCUUAAAAUGACAUUUUUUCCUUAACAAUGUCGUUUUAAGCUUUGCUAAUUUCUUAACUACUAGCGAUGCAAAUGGCCUUUAAUGAUAAAAACUACCAUACAUGUAAAAAUGUCAACGACAAGUGACAAGUUAGAAAAUAAGUGACAGCAAUGAUAAUUAACAGUGUUACCAACUAAUAUUAAUACUUACUUGAUGUGGAUACGGUCGUAAUAAAUACAGACGAUACUUCUUUUUUUAAUGGUUCAUCUCAAACGCACUGCUGCUGAUUAUUAUAGUAUAAAAUGCGAGAAAUUUACUUUAUUGCAUUUCGAAAUUGGCAUUUUAAAAGAUUUAAUAGAAAAAGAACUUUCUCCAAAUCACAGAUUCUAAUAUUGGCUAGAAAUCGGCACACUUAUUAACUCAUCAAGAACCUGCUGGUUUAAUUAAAAAGUGGCGUUAACCCCAGACGCUCCGUCGCUGAUUAUUAUAGUAUAAAAGGCUACAAAUUCACUUUAUUGCAUUUCAAAAUUGGCAUCCUUGUCUAUUAUACUGAGGUAGCGCCAAAUGGAGACAUAAAAUGAAACUUCAAAACUGUAUCAAUUAGUUUACCAUCGCCAUUUACAUUUUUAUUUCUUUAGAACUAGAUUUUGAAGAGUGAUUAUCGAUAUGUGAGUAGUUUUAAAUCAAAGGAUACAAAUUAUCUAUUAAAAACGUGUAGAAGAGAAGAAUAAGUAUACAAAAUGGUUAGAAGCAACGAAAAUAAUUGUUAUAUUGAGAUUUAUUCAAAAGUUCUUCUACAACAGCUAAAUUUGCAAAUGAAAGCAGAAUAGACAUGUUUUUGCCCAUAAUAUAAGUCAUUGUCGCGAGCAAAGACAUCUUUUCAAUUUUCUUGAUGCAAUUCAAUUCUAUAACUAAAUUAAAAUGAUAAUAAAAUAAAUCUGGAUGGUACUAGAUUUAUUUUAACACCAACAUAUCUUUGAAAAUAAAUUUAAUAUCUAAAAAAAGUUCUAUAUUUGCAAAUGUAGUAAGUAAAAUCAUAAAAUAAUUAGAAAUUGUUUAAUCGCCAUGCACCUGACUAACGACCACCCUGUCAUGACAAUUGACAAGUGAAGUCUAUCUGUGUCAAAACUAGGAAAUUACCAAAGAUCAGACUGGACGUUGCCAACUUAAAUGUGGCGGCAAAUUUAAAUAUUAAAGUCGAAAGAAAAUCUCAUUUUAUUUCGUUUGCUGCUUGAAAGUGUAUAGGAAGUUGCAUAGAUAAAUUGUUCCUUGUGAUAGGUUUUAGCGUUUCUUAGCAAUAAAAUUAUAUGGAUACUUAACGGAUAGUUUCUGAUGGGCUUUUAUAAUUUGUGUAAGCCUACAGAUCAUUAGAAAUUAGUUUAAUAGAACAGUUAUAUUGUUUUCCGCAAAUCGAUAGGAAAUUUUGACAUUCCAAACAACAUUUCUUAAAGAAAAGUCAAGAUUUCCUAACUGUUAGGAAAUAUUAAUUUCCUUACAAAGUCACAUUUCUGGACUCUGUGUUGUUACAAUCUUCACAGUCGUUCAGGAAUGUUACACUUUUCCUACUUGGUAAAUAAUAUACUAUUUUUCUUCACACGUCAAAUUAUUAUUAAAAAUCUGGAAUUCCACCAUCAAAGUGGACAAAUCUGACGUUUAAAGAAAAAAUAUAUGAGUACAAUACAAGGAAUUUUUUGAGAUGCAAUGCAUGAUUAUUAAUAACUAUAUAUAAAUAAAAUAUAAAGAAAUAUAUUUUGUGUUUUAUGAAUCUAGCAAUAUCUGAUUUCAAAUAAUUAUAAUUUGCAAAAUGAAGGUGUACACAAACAAUGUUACAUAAAAAUUUAACGAGGAAUUUCUGAAAGAUAAUUUGACUAUUUUAAAUUUGAAAAAAAAUUAAUGUAUUCUAUAUAAUUUUGGUGGAUGAAAUGCUACUGUAAUAAAUUCAAAAUUAAGCUUGUAUUCAGUUUAAAAGUAGAUAAUAUGUACUAAUAAACAAUUCUAAUGAACUGUACAGCUCAUAAUAUAACAAACAUUAUGGUUUCUUCAAUUUUGCAUCUCACUUUU